AUGGAGCAGGAGAAGUACCUGCCCGAGCUGCUGGCGGAGAAGGACAGCCUGGACCCCUCCUUUGUUCACGCCAUGCGUCUCCUGGCCGACGAAAUAGAGAAAUUUCAAGGUUCUGAAGGCAAGAAGGAAGAUGAAGAGAAGAAAUACCUGGAUGUCAUCAGCAACAAAAACAUCAAGCUGGCAGAAAGAGUCCUGAUCCCUGUCAAACAAUAUCCAAAGUUCAAUUUUGUUGGGAAAUUGCUUGGACCAAGAGGAAACUCCUUGAAGAGGUUACAAGAAGAGACAGGUGCCAAAAUGUCCAUCCUGGGGAAAGGAUCCAUGAGGGACAAAGCCAAGGAGGAGGAGCUGAGGCAGAGCGGGGAGGCCAGGUUCGCGCACCUGAGCGAGGAGCUCCACGUGCUGAUCGAGGUCUUCGCACCGCCCGGGGAGGCCUACUCCCGCAUGAGCCACGCCCUGGAGGAGAUCAAGAAGUUCCUCGUUCCUGACUACAAUGAUGAGAUCCGACAGGAGCAGCUGCGGGAACUCUCCUACCUGAACGGCUCCGAGGAUGCCACGCGCGGCCGGGCCCUACGGGGCCGCGGCAUCCGAGUGCCCCCCACGGCUCCUGCCAGGGACCAUGGUGGUGCCAUUCCUCCCCCCCUGCCUGGCCGAGGUGCCCAAGCCCCCAGAGGAGCACCAGUGAGCCGUGGAGCCCUCCCAGUGCCCCCCGUGGCAAGGGGCGUCCCCACCCCCCGGACAAGGGGUACCACAGCUGUCCUGGGCUACAGAGCACCCCUGCCAUCUGCCGCCUAUGAGGACUAUGGCUAUGAGGAUGGCUAUGGGGGCGACUAUGAGGACCCCAGCUAUGAGGCAUAUGACAGCAGCUACGCCACCCCCGCACAGAGUGUGCCUGACUAUUAUGACUACGGCCCCAGGGUCAGCGAGGAGGCCUACGGCAGCUACGCACCAGAAGAAUGGGCCACAACCCGUUCCAGCCUAAAGGCACCACCUGCAAGGUCAGCCAGAGGGGGUUACAGGGAACACCCCUAUGGUAGAUAUUGA